GGAUAUGUGCUGCGAUUUUAAAAGAUGGAUCAAAUUCUGUUUUUUCGCCUGUGUCGUUGAUUCUCCACUUCUGCGUUAACACUUUGAGCUCUUCUCCGGAGCUGUUUGCGCGUCCUAUAUUUUGGGGAGGUGUCGACUGGUCUGUCGAGUCUUGUGAUCCCAAUUUGGAUGUUUAUUGCUGACUAUUUUUGAAUCCCUCGUCCAAAUGACUGAGCUUGGGUGCAGCCGGAGACGUGGCUCCCCACUCGGGAAGACCUACGGCUAAAGUUUGAGGGGUGCCGGGGUGCUUUAGGCUGUCCGUCUCCCACAGUGCACUGGAUUUGCAAUUACCCAUAAUUGCAAUAAACAGCGGAUGUCCUAUCUGUCUCCGCACACGCUGGGAUUCAUUCUACUUGGAUUUAUACAGCUUCUGGAUUUCACCCCCAUCUAAAUCAUGAAGACCGUUAUUAUUGAUGGGGGGCGACUCCUGUUUCUGGUGAUGUGGCUGAAUCUUGUGCCUCAAACUGACAGCUGCCCUGCCAAGUGUGUGUGCUACAGUGAGCCCAGGCCCACUGUUGCUUGCCAACAACAAGGACUGUUUUCUAUCCCUACUGAGAUCCCAGUGCGGAGCCAGCGGAUAUUCCUCCAGACCAACAAGCUAACGGUGGUAAGGUCCACCAGCUUCAGCUCUUGCCACAAUCUCACUGUUCUUUGGCUCUACUCCAACAACAUCAGCUACAUUGAGGCUGGAGCCUUUUACGGCUUGGAAAAACUGGAGGAACUGGACAUUGGAGACAACAGCAACCUCCGCACCAUCAGCCCUACAGCCUUCCGGGGCUUAACGAAGCUGCACACCCUGCACCUGCACAGAUGUGGCUUGUCAGAGCUCCCCAUUGGGGUUUUCCGAGGAAUGUUCUCCCUACAGUACCUUUACCUGCAGGACAAUAACAUUCUAACCCUGCAUGAUGACACUUUUCUGGACCUUGCCAACCUCACCUAUCUCUACCUGCACAAUAACAAGAUCAAAAUAGUAACGGACAACAUGUUUCGAGGCUUAAUCAAUCUUGACCGACUACUGCUACAUGAGAACCGUGUUAUCUAUGUCCAACCCAGGGCUUUUAAUGAUCUUGGUAAGCUGAAAUCCCUAUUCUUGUUCUUCAACAAUCUUACUGUCUUGUCGGGAGAGACCAUGGACCCACUAGUGUCCCUCCAGUAUUUGCGUUUAAAUGGCAACCAGUGGAUCUGUGACUGCCGGGCGAGGACCUUGUGGGAGUGGUUCAAACGUUUCAAAGGUUCCAGCUCUGAGUUGGAGUGCAAUGUUCCUGAUUUCCUGGCAGGAAAGGACCUGAAACGUCUGAAAAGUGAAGACUUGGAUGGGUGUGUGGAAACGCCUCAAAUCCAGACCAAUCUCUUCAGCUCCAAGGCACAGUCUGGGAAAUUCCCUUCCACCGAAAAUCCUCUGGGGGACACCAUUCCCAGGUGUUGCCUUGGAGAUAAUGACAAGUCCUCUAUUCUGUCUGGCAAGAGCCGCCAAAUUACUAACAACCCCCUCAAGGAAAAGGAGAACAUGUCUAAGACUAAGUAUAAGGAGCCGGAACGAACAAAAAACGAGACCCAGAACAAGCAGAAUGAUGGACCACUUGGAACCUUGUCCAACAACCUGGACAAGUCUUUGGAAAAUCUAAACCCUGACCUUAUAGACAAUCUGGAAUCAUCUACAGCGUCAAACAAAAAGAAAAAGAAGUGUUCCAAAAAGCCCAAAUCAGACGCCCACUGCAUCAAAGGCCGGGGUUCUACUUUGCAAGUGUUUCGCUUUCUCUUCAUUCCCAUGAUCUGGAUAUCUCUAGCCAUGUCUUAGGACUCCUGAUCACGCUCUGAAUACAGGACUCAAGAUUGUUGAUGCUCAUGACAAUGAUACAGAGGAUGCAGUGACAUCUCCAACAGGCAGUGACUGAAAAGCGAGGAGUCUCGUUGACCCAUCAUGGGUGAGGACAAACAAUAAUGAAGACGUUAGAGUACAUUUAACAAAAUGGAUGCCUUUACAGAACACUACAGAUCUAAUGUAUAUAAUGAAUUGGUGCCCAAAAUUGUUUGUUCUCUAUGUACUUAACUGUACUGUGUCUAAGCUACAAUUUGGACUCCUCCCUUUUUCCCCUCCCAAAAGCUUUUACUGCUUAGACAGACCACCGGAAGAUGGAAAAAAAAAAGAAGAAAAAAAAAAACAAAUAUAGGAAAUCAGAGACAGAGCGCACACAAAGAAUGUUGGGUCCGUUUAAUGAAGAUAAACGAUCUCCCCUCAUUAUUUAUUCAAAGUGAUGCAUUUGUUGGGUAAUGUUACGUUUUUUUAUGUUUAUAAGAAAAAUGUUUUACCUCCCCUUGUUUCAGUUCUAUUUUCAUGACAGA